CUGCGAAUGGCUGAACUGGGGCGGAUGGCUGGGCACGAUCACGGACGGUCUCCCUCCUGAUGCUAGCGUCCACCUCUUGGGCGAUAGAAACUGCACGAGCGUAGGUCUGUGUCCCGUGUCCCACAAUGUUUUGACGAACUGCUGGGUAAAGCCCGUCGAUGAACCGCUGUGCUCUCUGGGCCUCC